CAUUCCCAUUCGCCAAUUAGUGGCCGGCGCGAGCGUGUCGCGUGUACGGAGAAUAAAUUCGAGAUUCCGGUAUUUUUCCGAGCGGGAAAAACAUUCUCACAGAUCGAAGUGAUCGCGCUCACUUGAUUAUUGAAUUCCAAGCUUACUUCUUCGUCCUUCCAAGAUGGCUACGCGCGGAGCGAAUGUGAUCUGGUUCCGGCACGGACUGCGCCUGCACGACAAUCCCGCCUUGGUGGCCGCCCUCGGGGACAAGGAUCAGGGCAUAGCCCUGAUUCCCGUCUUCAUCUUUGAUGGGGAGAGCGCAGGCACAAAGUGCGUUGGCUACAACCGUAUGCGCUUCCUGCUGGACUCCCUGCAGGACAUUGAUGAUCAGAUUCAGGCAGCAACCGAGGGAAGGGGACGCCUCCAUGUCUUCGAGGGCGAACCGGUGAAUAUAUUCCGUCGGCUGAACGAACAGGUGCGUCUGCACAGGAUUUGCAUUGAGCAGGACUGCGAGCCGAUAUGGAGCGAUAGAGACGACUCCGUCCGGUCGCUGUGCCGUGAGCUGGGCAUUGACUUCGUGGAGAAGGUUUCGCACACCCUGUGGGAUCCGCGCACGGUGAUUGACACGAAUGGAGGUAUUCCACCCCUUACGUACCAAAUGUUCCUUCACACGGUCCAGAUAAUUGGCCUACCGCCGCGUCCUGCUGCCGAUGUCCACCUCGAAGAUGUCAGCUUCGUCGAGCUGGCCCCAGAAAUGCGCCGCAAUCUGGGCUACUUCGAGCAGAUGCCCAAUCCGGAGCACUUUAACGUUUACGGCGAUAACAUGGGUUUCCUGGCCAAAAUCAACUGGCGCGGCGGCGAAACACAGGCCCUCCUGCUGCUGGAGGAGCGGCUAAAGGUGGAGCAGCACGCGUUCGAGCGUGGCUUUUACCUGCCCAACCAGGCUCUGCCUAACAUCCAUGACACACCAAAGUCGAUGAGCGCCCACUUGCGCUUCGGCUGUCUGUCUGUGCGUCGCUUCUAUUGGAGCGUUCAUGAUCUCUUCAAGAACGUCCAGUUGCGAGCCUGUGUGCGCGGCGUGCAAAUGACCGGCGGGGCUCACAUUACGGGACAACUGAUCUGGCGGGAGUACUUCUACACGAUGUCGGUGAACAACCCGAACUACGACCGCAUGGAGGGCAACGAGAUCUGCCUGAGCAUCCCGUGGGCCAAGCCGGACGAGGAUCUCCUCCAGCGCUGGCGCCUGGGCCAGACUGGCUUCCCGCUGAUCGAUGCCGCAAUGCGGCAGCUCUUGGCGGAGGGAUGGCUGCAUCACACGCUACGCAACACGGUGGCCACCUUCCUGACCCGCGGCGGCUUGUGGCAGAGCUGGGAGCACGGCCUGCAGCACUUCCUCAAGUAUCUGCUGGACGCCGACUGGUCGGUCUGUGCCGGCAACUGGAUGUGGGUGUCCAGCUCGGCCUUUGAGAGGCUACUGGAUUCCUCGCUGGUCACCUGUCCCGUGGCCCUGGCCAAGCGUCUUGACCCGGAGGGGGCCUACAUCAAGCAGUACGUGCCUGAGUUGCUGGGCGUGCCCAAGGAAUUUGUGCACGAACCGUGGCGAAUGACUGCGGAGCAGCAGGAACAGUACGAGUGCCUGAUCGGCGUCCACUAUCCGGAGCGCAUCAUCGAUCUCUCCAAGGCAGUAAAGCGCAACAUGCUGGCCAUGACGGCGCUCCGCAACUCGCUGAUAACGCCGCCACCGCAUUGCCGGCCCUCCAACGAGGAGGAAGUGCGUCAGUUCUUCUGGCUGGCCGACCAGACGGUGUAGGGCGGAGCAGACCUUGUCCCCUUAAUACCCUUUCUGCACACACACAAAUAAAGGGACUUUUCGAGGCCGCUCGUAUAUUAUAUAUCAUUAAUAAUGCUUUAUUUCUUCAAUUAAAAUAAUUACUACAAUACAAUUAGUGUUUGUUUUCAUUUGGUUUCGAUUUAUUUUUAACAGCUCGUAACGUGUUACUCAUAUAUCAAUUGUAUUCAGCUUACUGUAAAAAUCGUUUAUGGUGUAUAUAUAUAUAAUUAUUAUUAUCAUUUGUAUUACGUUAUCAAAUUAUACGUUAAUCAACAGCA